UUCCUCGAUGAUCUCGAUCGCCUGGGUGCCAAAGACUACAGGCCCACAGAGCAGGACAUCCUGCGUACAAGAGUCAAAACUACCGGUAUUGUUGAGGUCCACUUCCAGUUUAAAAACAUGAAUUUCAACAAAAAAGGCGCCAUUGCUUGUUGCUAUGACGGCCCAAAUGAGCAGUCAUCAUAUCUCCAGACUCUUAUUCAUGCCGCCUACGCUUGCUUGCAAAUGGGAGUCAUCUUUUGCGUUGGGCGUUUCCCAUCAACGACGCGACGGAUUAAUUUGACCAUGAACAACGCCAGUCGCAUUUGCCAUUCGACCGAUUCCUUCUAG